AUGAGGUUUCAUGCGAACCGUGAGGCUCUCGCCUGUCUGGAGAUGUGGAAUAAGGCAACCCACGCCAGUGCCCAAGUUUGCAUGUCAGAUAUCGACGUGGAUCGCUCCAAAACCUCACGGCACGAGUCACCAUCAUCGCACAGACGCGACUUUAGGCCGCAACGCAUCAUCGAAUCCUACGAGUCUAUCGAAUCCGGUCGUCCGCCUGCAGCACUCGGGUACGGACGCGAACAUCUGAGCAGUGCGAACAAGGAGAAUGAUUUGCCUGCGAGUGAGCCCGGGGAGCAUGGUGUACAAAUGUAA